GGACUUCUGAAGCGCUCCCACCGCCGGACCAGGGCUCCAUCCACAGGAUCCCGCCAGUUCCUCGUCCCCAGUCUCUUGAUCUCCCCAUCAUCGUCUCUUUGGCGUCGUGAUUGCUUCUGCCCCCUGCCUUCCCUGCGCCUCCCCCCCUCCUAUCCUUUUCUCCGUCUCCUCCUCGUUGUUGCUUUCAGGCCUGCUCGUCCUCUUCUGCAUGUGUGUGCUGCGCACCCCUUGCCCCUCCAAGACAAAGGCUCGUCUUCUCCCUUCUCUCGCCUUCCGACCCCCUACCCCUCCUCGUCUCGAACGCCGCCCAUCGUCUGCCGCGACUAUUUGCCCUCUUCGACCGACCACAUCGACGCGAACGACUUGCGGCCCACGUGUUCGACGGCGGUGAGCCGACCCCUAUUCCAGCAGCAGGAGCACAUCGUACGCCAACGGCACCACGGCCAUCAGCGGAACCACAAGCACCGCCGGCAGCAGCCCUGUCCUCCAGACGGUGCUACUGUGAGCUGUCCUGCAAUCCGCCUGCAUCGCAGCCUGCAGGCAGCCUUACCCGCCCCGGUUGACGUCGUUCCUUCGAAUACGGCCGCGACGACGGUGGCGGACAGCCACAGCGAAAGCGACUUUACGGCGCCACGUACGCACCGCGACCCCCAAUCCCCGAUUCCGCCUGUACGCACGCCGACUUGAAUCUGCGGGUGAUCAGCAGCGUCGACACAUUCCGACUCGAGCGUCGGCCAGCCAGCCGUCGACGUUGACAACCACGGAAAUAUCGCUCGGGCACUAGGCUGUUGAAUGACGCGCGAUCGGGUGCCCUCUGAGACCUCCCACCACCAACCGCUCGUGCCAGAAAGGGAGGCUUGACAAACACGAGACAGCUUAGUAGGACAUCGCUCGCGGAGGCGCUUGUUGAUUGUCUGAGCGAGCGACCCUCCACUCCCCACCCUCCUCCGCAUAUCACUGCGCCCGCCCUCGACAUCUUCACGCUCGGCUUCUCCCUGCCUGACCGCGUCGUUCGGGCCCGUCCUCGUUACCCAUACCGCCUGGGCCGCGCUUUCAAUCCCCUAACGGAUGGAGUAAUUAGCCAUGGCCCAUGCCCCGUUACUGAGAACCAAUACGGCCCCGGUCUUUCAGUCUACCCUGAGCGGUUCUGGAGGCCUGCAACAAGACAGUAUGAACAAUGCGCCGCGCGCCAGUCAGCUCUCGGGCUCGACGGCUUUCGCUGGCUCGUCUUCGUCUCUCAACUCCUUGAGCAGCGGUGCCACUAUCAUCCCCGGGCAGAAUGGCGGGCCAGUCAUCGCUACCGGAAACAUUAUCAACCAAAAGGCCGAUGCCUCGCGUUCGCUGUAUCAGAUUUGUGUCUCGCUGAAGCAACGCCUCGCCCAGGUGCCGGAUUUCGAACCCUUUCUCGAGCAGCUCGACCCGACAGACCCAGUAGAUCCGUUAUGGAACCUUUUCCGCUCGGGCUAUCCACUCCUUGUCAUUUACAACUCGCUCCAGCCUCGCGAACCCCUCCGGGUCGAUGACCCAAACGCCUCGGAAGCGAAGAAAUCCAAGAUUGCCAUCUUCAAGUUCGUACAAGCAUGCAUGAAAGAGCUCCAGGUCUCUCCGACGGAAAGUUUCGUCAUCACCGACUUGAUGGGCAAUGACACCUCUGGGUUCGUCAAGGUGACUCAGGUUGUCAACUACGUGCUCGAUCUUGCAGAGCAGCGGGGUCUACUGUUACAACAAGACUCAUAUCCCGAAGAUGAGCCCAUGGCUGCCGUUGGUGGCUCCCAAAUGAGCUACAGAGAUCACAUCGUCAAGGAAUUGGUGGACACGGAGCGGAAAUAUGUCCAGGACCUCGAGAACCUGCACGACUUGAAGAAGUCGCUCGAGCAAAAGGGCGCGAUCCCGGGUGAUAUUGUCCAUCAGAUAUUCCUGAACAUCAACGCCAUCCUUGAUUUUCAGCGUCGCUUUUUGAUCCGCGUUGAGACAACCAAUUCGAUGCCCAAGGUCGCUCAGCGUUGGGGUGCUCCCUUCUGCUUCUACGAAGACGCUUUCGACAUUUAUCAGCCAUUUAUUGCCAACCAGCGGAAAGCGGCUCAGAUUGCCAACCAGGUUUUCGACAAGAUUCAACUCUCUGAACAUCCUGUCGCCGCCGACUUCAAUACGCUAGACGGGUUCUUGUUAAAACCGAUGCAACGCUUAGUUAAGUAUCCGUUGCUUCUCAAGGACAUGUACAAGAAAAGCGAGGAUCCUGACACCAGAAAUGAUCUGAUGUCAGGCUGCGAAGCCGCUGAGCGCGUUCUGCAGAAAGCCAACGAGGCUGUGAAUCGAGAUCUGUUAGAUGAGGCCCUAGAAGAACUCAUCAACAGAGUAGACGACUGGAAGUCCCACAAGGUGGAGUCGUUCGGAAAGUUGCUCCUGCACGGCGUCUACGGCGUCAUCACAGGGAAGAACGACCAGGAGAAAGACUACGAGAUUUACCUAUUCGAGUGUAUAUUGCUCUGCUGCAAAGAGGCAUCGCCGAACAAGAGCAAGGACAAGAAGGACAAGAGUCGGACUUCGGGGCCAAGGCUCCGAAACAGGAACACAAAGCUUCAGCUCAAAGGCAGGAUUUUCAUGACUAACGUUACUGACAUCGUGUCUCUGUCCAAGCCAGGUAAGGCAGAUCGGCGUCGCAGUCGCAGUGCCCCUCUGACUGUUAGCGCAGGAUCUCACAGUGUUCAAAUCUGGUGGAAGGGCGACCCUGGUGUAGAGAAUUUCACGAUCAAGUUCCUCAACGAGGAAAUGAUGAAAAAGUGGGCCAUUGGACUUGAAACGCAACGAAAGGACAACGCCCCACGCCUGUCGACAAGCCCUGAUGGCGUUGCAGCUGAUUUCGCCUGGACGCGGGAUCAUGCGGGCGGGCUUGAGAACCCAUAUUUGCAGCAAGACGACGACGACGACGAGGAUUACGGACCCGCCACCGCACCGGCGCAAUUUCCCAUGCACUCGAACCCGACAAAUGGCUCGAUGCCCCGCACAUCCUCCGCUUCAAAUCUGAGACAACGAUCGGCGACUGGGGAUAGCGUCCAGUCACUGGCUGGCAUCGCGAGAGCACCGCCUCCACGAUUCCCACUGCCGACUCCUCCUGCUCCUCUCAACCUUCAGGCCUUGGGAAGUGGCGCGCCUUCACCCGGGUCUAGAGGCGGUGAGAGCUACUUCUCACCUGUCGGUGAGUCGCCGGCGUCAUCGCGAACAAGUACGACGAGCGGGGUGUUUCCGCCAGGCUACGCGUUCCCAAAGACUGGCACUCCUCAGGCAGUCUGGGACGAUGUGAACCGGUACACGGCCCCGGCCAUGCCGCGAGCUCCAUCUCGUGAUGGCUCAUCGCCGAAUCCCCACGCCAUGAAUUCGAGGAACCUUCGCGGCCCAUCGCUUCCCGCCAUGGCGACGCACAGCCAGAGUGCAGCUCAACAGCAGCGCAGUCGGUCUUACAGCACACCCGAUGUCAAUGCUGGCGGUAUACCACGACAAAGGCAGCAGAGUCAAGGCCAUAUCCCUGCCGUGCCGGGCAUCCCUCAACAUCUCCACCCAGCGCACGACGGCAGCAUCCCGAGGUCACAAAACGGCUCCCCUCGUAAUGAUCUGCCCAUCAGAACGAGUACACAAAGCCCUGGAGCUCAACGCGAGCGACAUCACCAGCAUUCGGGCAGCCUGGGUGGCACGAUGUCGCACUUCCCCGCACAGCCGGUGUACCCACGCCAGACUACCCCUGGUCCCCCGGCGGGGAGUUCGCUGCGAGUUGACUCAGCGGCGGCCAACUCGCGAACAGUGUCGCCGGCCUUGGGCACAGGUGUUGCUCCGCCGCCGUCGGGCAAUCCAUUGGCAAGUCCUGAGUUGCCCCUACCGACACAGCUCAAGGUCCGAGUCAAGUGUGACAGUGGCAACUACGUCACCCUGGUCGUGGCCUUCAACAUCACUUAUCAGUCACUCAUUGACCGGAUUGACGCCAAGCUCGCUCGCUUUAUGAACAGCAGUAUCAGCAAGGGCAUGCUAAAACUCCGAUAUCGCGAUGAAGAUGGCGACUUUGUCACUAUUGAAAGCGACGACGACAUCCAAAUAGCGUUCAUGGAGUGGCGAGAAGGAGUCAAGAACAUGUACACGGGCGGCGUGGGGGAGAUAGAGCUCUUUUGCGUUGGAGAUACAUCUUAAUACCGCCUCCAUGCGAGCCGAUCUGCCGGGUUGAUCGUCAAUGGAUGGCGUGCGGCCAUCGGCAGCAGGGAGAGGCAACGCCCACUCAGGAUACAUGGAGCAUUCGCAUGGCUGGCGCACGGUAUUAUUACAUCUCACGACAUCAGACACGCCCCGAAGGCGACGAGUCACGAAUGAAGAGUCACAAGGAACUCUUGCCUUUGUUUAAAGCACCGCCAUAUAGACCCGACUCUGCAGCGAAUUGAACCCCAGAGGAAUCAUGCGCGUGCCCUUGGGAUCUUGCCCAUGUUGUGCUGCGCUAGCUGGAGUCGUUCCAUUCAAAGUACAGAUCUUAUUGCUUUCAUUUCGGCCGCGGUAUUACUGCGCCUUGUGGCGUCCCGGGACGAGCAGCUAGCACUGUUUGCCUGACACUCAGUUGGUGACCUUCUUGUGGUAGCACUCACACGAUGCUCAACCCCAUGCAUUGCGCUACAGCCCGGGCAAAGAGAUAGUGGCUAGGAACUGACACUCAUUGGCCUGUGGGCCGUGAUGUUUGUGCUUGACGCGAAUGGAUCUGUUGUGACCGAGUUGAGAUCAUUUGCGAGCCACUAUGCUCGGCAGCUGCUUACAUAGAUCUGAAGGGGUGCAGGCAAUAUUGGCGCAAUGUUCUUGAUAUCUAAUGUGGAAAGCAAUGUGAUAAUCUGACAUUUGUUGAAGCGUUGCGUAUAUGUGUGAGCUUCGGCCCCUUGGUGGUCUACGCCCGAUACUAGGUAAGCCAUCUAACAUUGUGUUGAGACACGAG